CGAAUCCGAAAUUCUGAGCAACAUUUUAAUUUCCCACCAGCAGUGGUAGGUAAACUCAUAGUAAAUCCCUUUAUUUGCACCAUAUCACGUACACUGAACUCCAUUCCAUAUAGCACCAAUUUGAACACGAUUAUAUAUGUCCUUCAAGGUCGGCCGAAAACUGAAGCCAGCCACAUUCGUUUUUGGGAUAACUUUUAGCUUCACUCGUGAUAUGCAAAUGUAAAGUUGCCAAUAUAUGCCUCAAAAUGUCCGAAGUGAAGACCAGUUUUCUGGUAGGUGACUUCCCAAGACGAACAAAUUGACAAGUUGCAGUCUAAGUGACAGUGACAGAAUUUGAGAAGCUGAAUAUCCCAUAUUGCAUUUUUUGCUACCAAGUUCUACCUGAAAUUGUAUUACUGUUCGUUGUACCGGCUUAUAAACUAUGAGGCAUUGGAUUGGAGUCUCACUGUCGCUUCUUCGAACUGGAAGAUCAAAGAAUGUCAAAGCCUUCACGGGGGAAAGAUGUUGCUCCUCAUAUAUCGACGAAUAUCCGCACAUUCAAACUGGUUCUGUGAAUAAUAUAACUGUAACUAUUGUGAAUACUUCUCAGAUGACAGUUUCUAAACUUGUAAAUCAAUUCUUGGAGAACUCGAGUAUUGGAAGCUUUAAUUCUCCAACAGUUUACAUUAAAAACAUUCAAGUUGUUCGGCAGAAGUUAGAAACACUUAUUAACAGCGGACGAGAUAAAUUGGAAAUUGUUACAGAUUUUGAUCGCACACUAUCGAAAUAUCGUCAUAAUGGUAUAAUCUUACCAACUUGCUAUGGUAUUUUUGAAGCAGUUCCUGAACUAACUGAACCGACAAAAUCUAUUCUUGUGAAUCUACGAAAUAAAUACUAUCCUAUUGAAAUGGAUGUUAGUUUGACAGAAGGCGAAAAAAUCCCACAUAUGAUAGAAUGGUGGGAAUCAGCUCAUAAAGCAAUGGUUGAAUGUGGACUACACAAAGCUACACUAGAGAAAACUGUUAAAGAAAGCCGUUUAAUGUUAAGAGACAAAGUGGAUGAUUUUUUACAAUUACUAUAUGACAAUAAUGUGCCUGUGUUAGUUUUCUCUGCUGGACUUGGAGAUGUGAUUGCUUUCUUCCUUCAUCAUUCAAAAGUUUAUCGUGAUAACAUGCGUGUUGUGUCAAACUUUAUGAUAUUUGAUGAUGAUGGUAAACUAACGGGAUUCACAUCACCAAUCAUUCACAUAUUCAAUAAAACAGCUAACACUGUUGCUGAUAAUGGUUUACCUAAACGACCUAAUGUUCUGUUACUUGGUGAUUCUACUGGUGAUGUGCACAUGGCUGAUGGUGCUGUAGUCGAUGAUUCAACAGGACAAUUGGGAACUGUACUACGUAUUGGUUUUUUAAAUGAAGCAAUUGAAGAGAAUUUGGAGAAAUAUCAAUCACUUUAUGAUAUUGUUCUUGUAAAUGAUGAUACAUUCAAUAUUCCUUUGAAAAUAAUUCAAAGUAUUCUAACACCUGAUGAUUUAAUAAGAUAAUUAACUAGUUAUAAAUUUUAUUACCUGAUUAGAUAAUUCAUGCGUUUACCUUCAGAUUUUAAUCCUAUUUUCUAUACUAUCAUGAAUAUGAUUAUUAUCAUUACUAAUUUUAUUAAAUCCUCAGGUUUCAGUGAAAAAAAAAUAAUUCUCAUUAAUAUGGAUAUUUUCUUUAGUUUAGAAGUUAUAAUUUUGUUGUUAUAAAAGUUAUAUGGUAGAUCUGCUUUCCCUUGUCUUAUACUUUCAUCAAUUAUUUCAUCUUGUCUAAUUAGAUUCUAGUCGGAGAGUUGUGUUUACCUUUGGUAAGGUGGCUAUAUUGGUAGCAUUAAUAUUGAUAAUCUCCUUUAUUGAAUUACUAUGAAAUAAAUAUAACUACAAUAAUUUAAAAAAAAAUUUUUUUUUCUCUGAUCUAGAAUUUCUUUUCAAUAUAUAAUGAUAAUGGAAUAAUUAAUUUUCUUCUUGACUUUUAAUAUUACUUUAAACAAAUAUCACUUUAAUACUAUUGAAACAUUGAAUACUUAUUUGAUUGAUUGAUGCAUUUUAAUGUUAACAAACAAUACUCUCUGCCGGUAUCCGAUAUGUUGUACGAGAUAAGCUUAAUGUUGAUAAUCUUGAUUUAAAAUAUUAUAAUAAAUAAAGAGAUUAAUCUUUCAAUUAAUCACAAAAUUAUUCAUUUUAUACACUAUUUGUUUGAAAUAAUGAUCAUUAGAGUUGGGUUAACCUGGAUAAAGUUUACAUGGCAACAUAUCGGAUACUGUUUAUGGGUGAAUUCUACUUUCAGUAGAAAUUUUUGUUGUUGACAAAUGGUAAUUAAAUGUACCUCUUUUUCUUCUCUCUUCUCUAUUCACUGGUUAGCAGCAACCACAUGUGUACACUUGUACAAAUGCAAACUGUAUUCUUUUCUCUCUUUUGUUAUUCUUUAAAAAGUAAACUGUAAGAAGAAAACCGGAGGUGGAAAUAUAAUUUAUUGA